UUUGGAGUCCCGACAUUCUCAGAUACGUGAUAACGGGCUCUAAACUUAUGUUUAUCUCCUCACACUCUGUAUUGGGUAUAGUGGAAUGAUUUUGUAUUAUGGUAUUAUAAUACCACUUGAGCCGUGCGGGCUCUAUUCCAUGCAAAGUUGUGAACCGUCGGUAUUAUGCGUCUCUCCACCAUUCGUAUCAAAAGUUGUGGAAAUGGUUCAAGUUUCGUUUCAUGCAUAAUUAUCUACCUCAUUUUGUAAGGUGGUCUUCUCUCCACAGUUACAACUGAUGACUGUCAAUCAAGAAGAAAACCACAGUCGCCAUUCGUAUGAUAACGCGUUCUAAAUCCUGCUCUUCCCCUUUAUCGACAAGUGCCCUAUAAAGAAUGAUCUAUAUAAACCCCCAAAGUUACACAUUUAAGUCAGUUUAAGGAUAAACAUUUUUAAAAACCAAGGCUAGCAUUGAUAUUGUAGAAGCCUAACAUCCCAAUCUGAUUUACGAAAUGGAGGAGACGUCCAAAAAGAACACCGAUAUAGAUGAAAAACCUUUAGAUGACAAGCACUCUGGUAGCCAGGAUGAUAUUUUCCUGACUUUUACCGAAACUGAGGAGAUCGAACCUGGUUUCGGUAAAAGAGAAUGGAAUGAAGAGAAAGUCAAUGACUACUACAUAGGACUCUCUUCCAGUGAGCUGAACUUGCUGCUAGAGAAAUGUGGUCAUGGUCAUUCCACCACAGAUCGUGAAGAGCUGAACGAUGAACUGAAGUACGUCUUGGAUAAGAUGAUUAAUAUGACAGAAGAACGAGUUCUUCAUAUUUUUGAUCAGACGAUCAAGGAACAUGACCAUGAUGUUAACUUCCCAGAAGACGACUGGUCUUUUAUUACUGAUUACGUGUGUGGAGAGUUGAGCUUGGACGACACUAUGGUAAAGUUCAGAGCAAAACUUACUGCGACUCUGUUCUAUUACCAUUCUAUUUACCCUGAAGUUCGUGCGGUCACUGAUAUCUUUGACGAUGAGGAGCCUUGUGAGACUAUAAGAUCUUAUACCAUAGCUAUUAUUUGGGUUAUUAUCGCUUCUGGUGUCAACGAGUUCUUCUACCAUAGACAGCCUGCUAUUUCAUUGUCAUCCUCUGUCAUAUCCGUCCUAAUGUAUCCAUGCGGGAAAGCAUGGGAGUAUGUCAUGCCAAACGUUAUGGUUCCAUGGUUCGGUGGUAAGAUCCCAUUGAACCCAGGCCCAUAUUCUUACAAGGAACAAAUGUUUGCAACUAUACUUAGUGGUGUCUCUGGUACAACUGUCUAUGUUUCAUCAAAUAUCAUUGUUCAGAGGCUGUUUUUCAAGAACACUUGGGUUGAUUUUGGGUAUCAGUUCUUGUUAACCAUGUCCACACAGUUCAUUGGAUUGUCAUUUGCUGGUAUAUUGAGAAAGUUUUGUAUCUACCCAGACAGAGCUGUUUGGCCAACUUUUCUUCCAACUCUUGCUCUUAACAGAGCCUUGUUGAAGCCAGAGAGAAAAGAAGUCAUCCAUGGAUGGAAGAUAUCUCGUUAUAAUUUCUUCUGGAUAGUAUUUGCCAGUAUGUUCUGUUACUUCUGGUUACCUGAUUAUAUAUUUGGGGCGUUGAGUACUUUCAAUUGGAUGACUUGGAUCAAACCCACAAACUUCAACCUUGCGAUGGUCACUGGAAGUGUUUCAGGACUCGGUCUUAAUCCUGUUCCAACAUUUGAUUGGAAUGUUGUGUCUAUGCUCAUGAACCCAUUGGCAAUGCCAUGGAUCACCAUCUGGAAUAUGUACUUGGGUGCAGUGGUUGGAUUUGUGAUAAUCAUCGCGAUGUACUACUCCAACUACUACUGGACUGCGUAUUUGCCUAUCAACAGCAACGACAUAUUCACCAAUACAGGUGAAUCCUACGAAGUGACUGAAGUUGUUACAAAUGGCUUACUUGAUCCUCAAAAGUACCAAAAGUACUCACCACCAUUUUACUCUGCAGCCAAUCUUCUUGUGUAUGGUGCUUUCUUUGCAGUAUACCCGUUGUCAUUCUUCUACAACUCUUAUAAAGAAUGGUAUACAAUCAAAAAAGCUAUUGCAAUGACAUCUUCUGGAGUUGAAGAUAUGCUCAAGGGAGAUCCAACUUCUAGAAUGAUGAGAAAGUACAAGGAGGUCCCGGACUGGUACUAUGUGACCAUCUUGAUUAUUGCCUUCAUUCUUUCUAUCCUCACUGUUGAGGUUUAUAAAGAAACCAAGACACCGGUUUGGGGCCUGUUCUUUGUUUUGGCAAUCAAUUUUGUCUUUCUGAUCCCAUUCUCUGUCUUGGUGGCUACAACAGGUGUUCAAUUCGGCUUAAAUGUUCUUGUUGAGCUGAUUGUCGGAUACGCUCUUAGUGGGAAUGGAAUUGCCUUGAUGACGUUGAAGGCAUUCGGUUACAACAUUGAUGGACAGGCUGAUGGUUUCGUGAGCUCAUUGAAGAUUGGACACUAUGCUAGGAUUCCUCCUCGUGCUAUCUUCAGGGCUCAGAUCAUUGGUACUUUCAUACAGUGUUUCGUGAGUUUGGGAGUAGUUAACUGGUCAAUGUCCAAUAUUGAAGAUUUCUGUCAACCACACCAAUCUUCCAAGUUUACAUGUCCAUCUGAAAGGACCUUUUAUUCUGCAGCGGUUUUCUGGGGUACCAUCGGUCCAAAGAUUGUCUUUUCCGGAUUGUAUCCAACAAUGCAAUAUGCAUUUUUGAUGGGAUUUGGUAUUGCUCUUGUUUUCAUUGUAAUGAGACGCUUUGGUGGUAAGAGUACCUGGUACAAGUACUUUGGAAAACUGGAACCAACAGUGAUAAUUGGUGGAAUCCUUUCAACUUAUGCCCCAUACAACUUGACUUAUCUGACAGGUGCCCUUUAUUUUGGAUUUCUCUUCAUGUACUACAUUAGAAGACGUUAUGUUGCAUGGUUCGAGAAGUAUGACUAUGUUAUCUCAGCAGCUCUUUCAGCAGGUGUUGCAUUUUCUGCGAUCAUUAUCUUCUUUGCAGUUCAAUACCAUGCGAAGGACAUCAAUUGGUGGGGUAAUACGGUAAUGUACGAUGGUGUUGAUGGUGGUGCUGGACAGGUGGCAUUAUAUGACAUUUCUGCUACUGAGAGAGGUUAUUUCGGACCUGAGAGGGGUAAUUAUCCAACAACGUAG